GUUGCCGCGUUCCGGAUUGGCUGUCGGCGGGCGCGCGGGCGCGCGGCACGCUGGGAGUUGUGGUCCCGGCGGAGGGGCGGGGCGGAAGCGGCCAAUAAGAGGAGGGGGCGGGGCCAGGCACGGCAGACGCCGGCCGGUGUCGGAUGAGCGCGCCACCAUGUCACCCAGCCAGGAACCUGUUUUCCCUGACUAUGAGACAGAGACCAGCCAGACCUCGAAGCUGAUAAAAAAAUUUAAGGAGACACCAUUUGUGCCCAUUGGGAUGGUCGGCUUUGCAGGUGUAGUUGCCUACGGGCUGUACAAGCUGAAGCACAGAGGUGACAUGAAAAUGUCCCUGCACCUGAUCCACAUGCGCGUAGCAGCCCAGGGCUUCGCCGUGGGAGCCCUGACAUGUGGUGUACUGUAUUCCCUGUUCCGGGAUUACGUGGUGAAGCCCAAGGAAUAGUAGGAAGCCCUCUGAAAUCCCUGUCCUGGUGGUGGUGACCUGUGUACUGCAGCUCCAAACCUCCUGUCAAGGGGUUCUUGAGGAAAGCAAAUAAUACAUUUAGAGAAUUGUUCUAUUUUGUGUAUGGUACACUGUGCUGAACCUGGCAGCCUCAGAAUGUCCACUGGGGGAGUGGGUGUUGGGGUCUGGGUCUCUGAUUGACAUCACCACAUCCCAGUUUGUAGGGGAUAUCGUGGAGUGCAAUCCCUCUUAUCUUCCCCUUCAGCUCAGUCCUAAAACCAGUGACUUCUUUUGCUGUUGUUGCCCAAAACCAUGAUGUCUGAACUGGCUUCUGUCAGGGAAUGUCAGGAAUACCUUGCUGUCAUUUUCUAGCCUCUGCCUCCAGCUUUGUAAUUUAGAAGCUUCCAGUAGCACUAAGUGACUUCUAAAAUAUUGAGAGAGAUAUAUAAACAUCUAUUUUUUUUUAUUUAAGGCAUAAGAUAAAUAUGUUGCAGCUAUUUAAAUGUUAUAUUUAUUCAUUGUUAACAAGGACACAGGCUCCCUAUUUUCGCUAAAUCAGACCUUGGAUUAUGAUAUUUUGUAACUUUAUUUACUGUGUUUUCUGAGUAACAUCUAAAUGUAACAUUUAAAAUACAUUUUGUGAAAACUAAACCUUAAUUUGGUGGUUUUAAUACUUCUAAAGUGUAUGAUCUAGCUGAUUUGUGCAGUACUGUUCCUGAC